AUGGGUUCAUCAAGGCAAAUUCCUGCCUUAGUAAUAUGUUAUCCUUCUAUGACAAGGUCAUCUGCUUGGUGGACGGAGGAAUGGCAGCAGACAAACUUUCGGGAUUUUAGUAAGGCCUUUGAUACCAUCCCUUACAACAUUGUUCUGGACAAACUGUCCAACUGUAAGAUAGAACAGGUUCAUGCUAUGCUGGUUGAUGAGAUGCCUCAAAGGACUCUGGAGGACAAAGACUUCGGAGCUGUCCUUAAGGGGUUCAAAAGAGUUAUCACGGCGUGCCUUAGGCGUGAACGUGGCUGCGGUACCUCCCAGGGCAGGGAGAAAAGGGAACCCUCCAGCUCGUGCACCUGCACAUGGGCACACGUCCGCGUGUUUAAGCUGGGGCUGGGGUAUGGUUUGGGGCAGGGGCAGGGGCAGGGGCUGGUGGCCCUGCUGGCGGCCGCGCUGGCGGCCGCCGCGCUGGGAGGCACCGGGGCGCUCGCCGGGCGCGUCCUCAGCGGUCAAAAGGUGUGCUAUGGUGACUUCAAGCGUUCUUGUUACAAGAUAGCUUAUUUCCAGGACUUGUCUAGACGUGUGGGUUUUCAGGAGGCCCGCCAAGCUUGUGAAAUUGAUGGCGGGGCUUUACUGAGCUUAGAAAGUGAAGCUGAGCAGCAACUAAUAGAGAACAUGUUGCAAAACCUCACAAAGUCAGGCUCUGGGAUUUCUGAUGGAGAUUUCUGGAUUGGGUUGUGGAGAAGCAGUGAUGGACUAGCCACCUCAAGCGCUUGCCCUGACCUCUACCAGUGGGCUGAUGGAAGUAUUUCACCAUUCAGAAAUUGGUACACAGAUGAGCCUUCCUGUGGAAGUGCCUGUGUUGUGAUGUAUCAUCAGCCAACUGCAAAUCCUGGUCUGGGAGGGCCAUAUCUUUAUCAGUGGAAUGAUGACAGAUGCAACAUGAAGCACAAUUUUAUCUGCAAGUAUGGCCCAGAUAAUGUCUUAGAAAAAGAAUUAGGAGACAGAGCAGAGCCAGAUUACGGUAUUUUUCCAACAGUGCCAGCAGGAAAUCCAUAUGACACUCAGAAACCAGAAGAUCAGUAUCACGUUAUAGCUACUGAAACAGGUAUAAUUCCAAAUCUAAUUUAUGUUGUAAUACCCACUAUACCACUACUGCUGUUGAUACUGGUGGCUUUUGGGACUUGCUGUUUCCAGAUGCUUCAUAAAAGUAAAGGAAGAACAAAAACAAGUCCAAACCAGUCCACACUAUGGAUUUCAAAGACGCCUAGGAAGGACAGUAGCAUGGAGACAGCAGCAGGAGGUGUGAGGCAAGGAACUGAAGGACAAAGAAGAGUAAAAACUUAACUAGGCCUCAGAUGGACAGCAUGACUUCAAUUUGGCAUUCUAAAAAACUUUAUACUUCCUGCUCCAAUCAUCCCCAAGGAAUGUAAUUUUUUUUUUUUUUUUUUUUUUUUUUUUUUCCAUAGUGAUCUUGGCCUUUUGCAAGCAAGAAGCAUUUCGGAGAGAAAGCUCUUGUUUCCUUCUUUAACCUUUUAAUCAUUUUAGGUGCAAGCAAGUACGUAUCAGCAUCAAGCAUCCAUACCCUAUUUUGAAGCAUCUCAGGCCAAACUCAAAUCAAAAAUAAUCCAUGCUGCCCACAUGUUUUAAUACAGU